UCCCUUCAGCGCCUCUCCGGCGGUUCCGCGCGCGAAGCCCCACCGCUUCGUCGUUUCUCUUUUCCCAGCUAAAUAAAGCCAGCCCUCUCGCCAGCAUGGGCUGCACGUUGAGCGCCGAGGACAAGGCGGCGGUGGAGAGGAGCAAGAUGAUCGACAGGAACCUGCGAGAGGAUGGCGAGAAGGCGGCCAGGGAGGUCAAGCUGCUCCUCUUAGGAGCUGGUGAAUCAGGAAAAAGCACAAUUGUCAAACAAAUGAAGAUUAUCCAUGAAGCUGGUUAUUCAGAAGAAGAAUGUAAACAGUACAAAGCUGUUGUCUACAGUAACACCAUUCAGUCCAUUAUUGCUAUCAUUAGAGCAAUGGGGAGGUUGAAGAUAGACUUUGGUGAUCCAGGCAGGGCUGAUGAUGCUCGUCAACUCUUUGUGUUAGCUGGAGCAGCAGAAGAAGGAUUUAUGACUUCAGAGCUUGCUGGAGUCAUCAAGAGACUGUGGAAAGAUAGUGGAGUUCAAGCUUGCUUUAACAGGUCUAGAGAAUACCAGCUUAAUGACUCUGCUGCUUAUUACUUGAAUGACUUGGACAGGAUAGCACAAACCAGCUACAUUCCAACCCAACAGGAUGUUCUCAGGACUAGAGUGAAAACUACAGGAAUAGUGGAAACUCACUUUACAUUCAAAGAUCUUCAUUUUAAAAUGUUUGAUGUUGGAGGCCAGAGAUCAGAGCGGAAGAAGUGGAUUCAUUGUUUUGAGGGUGUUACAGCAAUUAUUUUUUGUGUGGCAUUAAGUGAUUACGACUUGGUCUUGGCUGAAGACGAGGAAAUGAAUCGGAUGCACGAAAGCAUGAAAUUGUUUGACAGUAUCUGCAACAAUAAGUGGUUCACAGACACUUCUAUUAUUCUCUUCCUGAACAAGAAAGAUCUUUUUGAAGAAAAAAUCAAAAGGAGUCCUCUCACUAUUUGCUACCCUGAAUAUGCAGGGUCAAACACUUACGAAGAAGCAGCUGCUUACAUUCAGUGUCAGUUUGAAGAUCUUAACAAGAGAAAAGACACGAAGGAAAUCUACACUCACUUCACAUGUGCCACAGACACAAAAAAUGUGCAGUUUGUUUUCGAUGCUGUAACCGAUGUCAUUAUUAAAAAUAACCUUAAAGACUGUGGCCUCUUCUGAGAGCAGACAGAAGAUUGCUAAAUGGUUUGGAGAACGACUUCGCACAAUUCUAAUCUGAUUCUUUUCAAGGCGAAAGAAAUGAAAAAUGCAUUGUGCUGAAUGAUAGAUCAGUACUGUACUUGCCUGUUUUAACAGCUUUAUUUAUGUUUGUCUUGUAAAUUUAAGUAAUUAGUUAACACUGAGAUGUCAGUUGAUUGUAUGUAUACUUAUAAUUGUAGUAAUGUAUUUGUAUAAACAUUGAAUGGAAUAUUUUAGUAACUUGAUGUCCUCUAAACUUUCCAUGUUUUAUGAAGAUACUCUUAGGGGAGACAGACCUUUUUGCCUUUGGAUUAUUUAAACAUCUUGUAAAAUUAAAUUUUCUUUUCAUCUUAA